AUGAAUUUUAAUGUCAGAAUUUGUCAGUUUUAUUUGAAUGCUAGUGAUAAACAACAUGAAGUAGAACCCAACGGUCAUUACCGAAUCCGUGGCCUCCAACCCGGCUGCCAGUACCGGGUUCGCGUUCGCACCGACGGACCUUCGUCUAACGUUGAUCGUUCGAUCCCCAAGGAAAAGGUCAUCAAGGUCGAGAAGAAAGACGUCCGCGACAUCAACAUGAUCGCCAUAAGUCCACUGGCAUUCGUCGACGUUACCGUCCGGGUUUUGGCUUCCGAAAAGGAUUACUACAAAUCCCUCAAAAUCUUCCUCUACAAAAAGGGCAGUGAUUCGCCGGUUCACUCGCAACGCAUCGAAUCCCCCUUGAACCCCAAGAGCAAGAUCAACCCUGGCAUUAUGGUCUUCUUCCCCCGGAUUCCCUUCGACAGCAAGACCUACUACAUCGAACUGACCUCCACGCUGUCCGAUAAGAACUACAAAUACUCCCUCCCGAUGGUGGAGUUCACGGCCAACAGCAGUAGCUUCUUCAGUGAGAUGCACUUCCGACCGGAGCUGCGGACCGCCGAAAGUGAUCUCAACCAAAACUCGCUGUCGGCCAUCGUGCUCAUCCUGUUGGUCGGGUUCAUCUUCUUCAAGCAGGACCUGGCGCUGGAGCCGCUCGGUACGGUGUGGAAUAAACUGGGCGGAGCCGUCGGCGACAUUCUCAGCAAAUCGAGACCAUAA